CACAGCUGAUGAUGGAUGGUCAACACCUCCAGCGGUUGGCGGGGUUGCCCUAAAACCGAAACCAACUGAAACUUUGUCCUUUUAAGUUUAGCUAAUCCCCACAAACAUGAACGUCCACUUCACAUUAACAGAGUAUUAUGAAGAUUGUCAUCAAGCAAUACGACUCUGCAUGGGCACAGGAGUUCAAGAAGCAUAAAUUGUCUCUCGAGUGGGCCCUGGAGAAUGUUUCGUAUCUCUCAAUCGAGCAUGUGGGCAGUACGUCAAUCCCAAGGCCUGUGCGCCAAACUGGUCAUUGGAGACGUCGACAUCAUAUUAAAGCCGUCGUCCUUCGACGCAGCUCAUACAGCCCUCUGUGAGAGCUGGUUAUAUAGACCUGGGUGAAAUGGAUGUCACAGAGGGGUUCGUAUGUCGACAAUCUGGCGUUGGCAAAGACCAGCCUGCGACUGGAGAGUGAAGCCCGGACGGCAAUCUGAGACGCAACACCUAUUUAAUGAUUGAUGGGUGUACGUCAUUGCGGAACCACUUGAAUCUUAGGAGAAUACUACUCCAGAAUGUUACAUAGAGAGAGGAGUCCGGCUCUUUCAAGCGGUCCCUGGCUGGCAUAAAUUCCAAAGGAG